GGCUCACGCCGAGGGUUUGCCCGCCCUUCCGCCAGGCCAGCUCCAGGGUCUUGGAUAUGGACCUUUUUCAGUUCCUGGCCUUCCUCUUUGUCCUGCUACUGUCUGGGACAGGAGCCACAGGCACCCUGAGGACCUCUCUGGACCCGAGCCUGGAGAUCUACAAGAAGAUGUUUGAGGUGAAGCGGAGGGAGCAGCUGUUGGCACUGAAGAACCUGGCACAGCUAAAUGAUGUCCACCAGCAGUACAAGAUCCUUGAUGUCAUGCUCAAGGGGCUUUUUAAGGUACUGGAGGACUCACGGACAGUGCUUAUUGCUGCCGAUGUGCUCCCAGAUGGACCCUUCCCCCAGGAUGAGAAGCUGAAGGAUGCUUUCUCCCAUGUGGUGGAGAACACGGCCUUCUUCGGCGAUGUAGUACUACGCUUCCCGAGGAUUGUGCACCACUACUUUGACCGCAACUCCAACUGGAACCUCCUCAUCCGCUGGGGCAUCAGCUUCUGCAAUCAAACAGGCGUCUUUGACCAGGGGCCCCACUCGCCCAUCCUCAACCUGAUGGCCCAGGAGCUGGGGAUCAGUGAGAAAGACUCCAACUUCCAGAACCCAUUUAAAACAGACCGCACAGAGGAGCUACCUUGUAUAGGCACUUACUACAUGCCAGAAAUUAUGCCAAGUGCUGACUGCCAGCAGCUCCUCCUGUCUCAAGGCCUUUGUGUCAUCAUUUCACCCUUGGCUAUACCAGAUGCAGUUCUUGCCUCAUAAUAUUAGGUUUGUCUUAAAUGUCAUUUCUUCAGUGUCCUUCAGACAUUACAAGUCAGGUCUCUUGUUAGUUUCAUCACAUCCAUUACUUCUGCUUGGUCACUUGUACCAUCAUCUAUUACUUAUUUUUAUGUUUAUUUAAUGUCUGUUUUUUGUUUGCUAGACUGGAAGCUCUCAGAGGGCAGGAACUGUUUGUUUGCCUGCCACAGAGAUGUUCAAUAAAUACUGUCAAAUGAA